AUGGUCCAGCCCUACAAAUUCGAGUCCAUCCAAUUCCAGACCAACCCCCAGUUCAACGUGGUCCAACCGUACAAGCUGGAAACCAUCCAAUUCGGAUCCAUCAUGCCCCCGUCCCACAAAUUGUACGACAAUCCGGGCAUGUCCCUGCAGAGACUCGAGGCGCUCCGCAUCAGAUUCGACAUGCCCCAGAGGAAGUCCACCGCGUGUACCACCACCCCCACCGCAACGAGUCUUUCGAGUCCUACUCGUCUGCCUCGAGCGCGUCCUCUGGCUCGUCGUACCGUUUCGAAUACCACUACCAACCCCAUCAUCAUCAUCGUCAUGGGCAUGACCACCGUCAAUACCAUGGGCAUCAAUGUACGAACCGAGCUCCAACUGGCUUGCGCAACCGCAUCCGCAACUUCUUCCGUCGUCGCACUCCAGAGCCGCGUUGUGAUCACCAUUCGGGUGGUCAUGCCAUUGGUGACACUGUUGUGCGUAUAG